CCUCAACAACGGUUAUGAAUCAACCUGAACCGACUCUUUGUAUUCUUUCCUCUCAGACUCUUACCACUGUCGUACAGACAGAUCACGAUCGUCAGCUGCUGUGUCUAACUAGUAACAACAACAAACCAUAACCAUGUCUGGAUUCCCCUCUCUGCAGCCGGCCUUUACUGUCCAGGUCGCCAUCGAUGCUCCCUUCGCGGUUGGCAGUGCUUCCCGGGGCACAAGCUUGCAGGUUGUCCCUAUGACCGGGGGCACUCUCAAGACCGCUCCUGGCUAUUCCCUUAACAUCGACUCGGAAUUCGUGGGAGUCGGCAACGACUAUAUCAAAGCAGAUGGAGAUGGCGAGCACGUCCGCUUGAAUGCUCAUGGGGUUCUCAAGACCCAUGACGGAGCGCUGCUCUACCUUAGCUACACUGGUGUUGUCGCUCUGGGACCGGCUGAAAAGGCCGUCUUUAGCGGCACUGCCGAAAAUGGUGCAACUGCCUAUGGCAAUUCCUUCACCCAUUUCGUCUUCGAGACUGGCGAUCAACGAUACAAGGCGCUCGAGAAUAGCGUCUUCGUUGGGCAGGGGCACUUCAUCACUGAGAAGGGCAAGCCGACUAUUGUUGAGUACACGGUUAGCCAGGUCAUCAAGGGUUGAUAUGUCUCAUUUCAAAGAUUGGCUAGCUUAAAUAUACAUAUAUCAAAGAAAGCAAAGCACCACUGCUCAUUGCAAGAAACACAGUACGAUUACUUAAAAGAACCAUGCAACUCUUAAUUAAAGGCACAUAAAUCAUACUCAUGUUAAAGCCUACCCCAACAACGGCCUUCUCUCCCCAUCAUUCU